UUGAAAUUCAUGAAAAUGGCGGCAUUUCUCCCUCCUUUACCUCUCUAUUUCAUUACUCUGUUCUUGUUCUCAGAUUCUCCUCUCCACCUCCGUUUGCCUUCUCCGACUAACUCUACAACCUUCUCCUGUCCUCUCUCCGCCUCUCGUAAUCGGAUUCUUUCCGUCUCCCAUGGACCCGCCGGAGUGCCAGAAGCCUUCCGUCCGAACGUCGAAGAAGCGCAACUCGGAGGAAGACUUGCAACUGGCCACUGCCAACAAGAGAGCCGUGCUUGACGAGAUCACCAACUCGUUGAUCUUCAGUUCGAAUCAGUGCUCUCUUUCUGAUCAGGAGAUGACGGAUAAGCAUCUGGACGAAGAGAAACUUCCUGAAGGAAGGUCUGUUGAUUGUUCUAAGAAGUCUGGCUCUGCUUCUAGCAUUUAUAACCAACUUCGAUUACUGGAGAUGGAAUUACACAUGAAGGUACUGCCAAACAUUGGAAAGGCUCACAACGAUCACUCCAGUGUAACGUUCCCUCGUUUCCGAGAAAUUCUAGUCGAUUGGUUAAUAGACGUUGCUGAGGAAUACAAGCUUGUAUCAGACACCCUAUAUCUCACUGUAUCACACAUUGACAGAUACUUAUCCUGGCAUGCUGUUGACAGAAACAAGCUACAACUUCUUGGUGUUUGUUGCAUGCUAAUUGCAUCGAAGUAUGAAGAGAUCAAUCCUCCUCACGUUGAAGACUUCUGCUAUAUAACUGAUAAUGCGUAUACCAUUGAACAGGCAUUGAAUAUGGAGAGAGAUGUACGCAAAUUCUUGACCUUUGAAGGUGCCCCCACGCCAAAAAAUUUUCUCAGAAUAUUUACACAGGUUUCCUUGGAAAAUUGGAAGGCUCCAGACUUGGAAUUUGAGUUCUUGAGUUGUUAUCUUGCGGAGCUAAGUUUGUUAGAUCACCGUUUUGUUCAAUUCUUACCUUCAAAGAUCGCUGCAUCAGCCAUUUUUCUUUCGAGAAUGACAAUCAAACCACAGAACCAUCCUUGGUGUUUAGCACUACAACAUUGCUCCGGUUACAGGCCAUCUGAAUUGAAGGAAUGCAUUCUUGCCAUUCAUGACUUGCAAUUAAACAGAAAAAAAAGCUCUUUACUAGCUUUAAGAGACAAGUACAAGCAGCAUAAGUUCAUGUGUGUGGCAGAGCUAUCGUCUCCCCCAGAAAUUCCUGCACAUUAUUUCGAGGACAUUGAUCAGCAAUCAUCAACAGGUUCUUAAGAACAUAACUGGUCGAUGCCUCGAUGCUUAAACUCUUUCUCUUCCAUUGGCUAGCAUGACAUGCACAGUUAACCAUGCACAAAUAAUGAGAAGUAGGUACUUAUUAGAUAGAAGAUACCCAUUCUUACUUGUUAGAUAGGCUAUUGAAUCAUAAUCAUGGGUUGAUUUAGCAUAGGCCCAGCUUUAGAAUAUUUUUUUAUUAGUAAUCAGGUUUAGGCAUAAACAUCGGCAUUUUUAGCUUAGUGGUGCCGACGGCCGCCCUUGUAGGACUUAGUUUGAGGCUUAAGGGAGGCGUUGCAAGUAAAUUA